AUGCAGGGGUCAACAUGUAUAGUCAAUGCAGCUAGUGAAAGAGACAUGGCUGUAUUUGCUGCUGGAAUGAUCCAGGCAGAACUGAAGGGAAAGCGUUUCUUAUGCCGCACUGCUGCUAGUUUUGUCUCCGCUCGGCUGGGAAUUAUUUCUAAAGCUCCAGUUUUGCCCCAGGAUCUUGGAGUGAAUAGAGUAAGGAGAGGUGGACUUAUUGUUGUGGGUUCCUAUGUUCCCAAAACAACAAAACAGGUUGAAGAACUUAAAUUACAAUGUAGCCAUAUCCUACAAAGUAUAGAGAUAUCUGUCGAUAAUCUUGCCAUGAAAUCAUUAGAAGAGAGGGAGGAAGAAAUCACUCGAGCAGCUGAGAUGGCAGAUGCUGCCCUAAGGGGUUGUAAAGACACUCUCAUAAUGACCAGUCGUGAGGUUAUUACAGGGAAAACACCUUGUGAGAGUUUGGAGAUCAAUUUUAAGGUGAGCUCUGCACUGGUGGAAAUAGUGAAGCGGAUAUCUACAAGACCUCGUUAUAUACUUGCAAAGGGUGGGAUUACCUCUUCAGACCUUGCGACAAAAGCUCUAGAUGCAAAAUGUGCCAAGGUAGUUGGACAGGCUAUGGCUGGUGUUCCCUUGUGGCAGCUAGGUCCCGAAAGCAGACAUCCAGGAGUUUCAUACAUUGUUUUCCCUGGAAAUGUUGGUGACAGUAGCGCUCUGGCAAACAUUGUCAAAUGUUGGGCUCGUCCAAUCAAACUUUCAUCAACUAAAGAACUCCUUUUUAAUGCAGAAAAAGGUGGGUAUGCUGUUGGAGCAUUCAAUGUUUAUAAUUUGGAAGGUGUACAGGCAGUUGUCACUGCAGCAGAGGAGGAAAAAAGUCCUGCUAUUCUACAGAUUCACCCUAGUGCCUUAAAGCAAGGAGGAAUUACCUUGGUUGCAUGUUGUAUAUCUGCUGCUGAACGAGCAAGUGUUCCCAUCACUGUUCACUUUGAUCAUGGAGAUUCCAACCAAGAGUUGUUGGAAGUUCUUGAGUUGGGAUUUGAUUCAGUCAUGGUAGAUGGUUCACACCUUUCCUUCAAAGAAAACAUCUCAUACACAAAACACAUUUCUAUCUUGGCGCACUCCAAGGAUAUGCUGGUGGAAGCUGAAUUGGGAAGAUUGUCAGGAGUGGAAGAUGACUUAACUGUUGAAGAUUACGAAGCAAGGCUGACUGAUGUUAAUCAGGCUCAAGAAUUCAUUGAUGCAACGGGUAUAGAUGCUUUGGCUGUUUGUAUCGGAAAUGUACAUGGAAAAUACUCUGCAAAUGGCCCGAAUCUUAGACUCGAUUUGCUUGAGCAUCUGCAUGACUUAUGUUCGAAAAAAGGAGUUUAUCUUGUUCUUCACGGAGCUUCUGGGUUGCCUCGGGAAUUUAUCAAGGAAUGUAUAGAGAGGGGUGUGAGGAAGUUCAACGUUAACACUGAGGUGCGAAAGGCUUACAUGGACUCACUGAGCAGCCCCAAGAAAGAUCUAAUCCAUGUCAUGGCAUCUGCAAAAGAAGCCAUGAAGCGUGUGAUUGCGGAGAAGAUGCGCCUAUUUGGCUCAGCAGGAAAAAUAUGCUAG